CAAGCUCAAAGUACACUCACACACUCUCUCACACACACACAUCAGGAUCUCAUUUCUAAUGCAAGAGGUCAAGUCUCACUCAUCAUGAGGGUCGUUACAUCAGACAGCGGCUCUGUCUCUGCGGCAAACCACUAUACAGACGAGCUGGAGAACCCAGACACCAGUGACGACACUGAGUUCUGGAGGAAAGACUCGUCUGUGCCCAGGUUUGUAGCAGCGCCCUCUAUCGGCCGCUGGCGGUGGCGUGUGUUCGCUGCCAUCAGUGUAACGGCUCUGAUGCUUCUGUUGCUGAUCGUCACAGUAUCUGUGAGCCACAUGAAGUUUGAUCGGAAGUUCUCGACUACCGAGACAAACGUGAAGAAUCUGACAGAAACGCUCCUGAGCAUCAUUUCCAGAGCAAACACUCUGGAGGAAUACGGACAUAAAAUGCAUUUGGACAUCAGCAAUCUGGAGUUCGACCAGGAGAAGAUGCAAAGAACGAUUAAUGAUAUGUCUGAUUCAGCACAGGCUCUUCGUGACAAGGUUUCGGAUCUAAAAUGCCACAUUGACAAGUUCAUAACCAACAACACACAGGAGCUGUGCUGUCCUGGCGGAUGGGUUCUCUUCUCCACAGACUGUUAUUUCUUCUCUGAAGACGGGAUGCCGUGGGACGCGGCCAGAGACGAGUGUGAGAAGAAGAGAGCAAAGUUACUCAUCAUAAACAGCAAACAGGAGAAGAGCUUCGUGGUGAGCAAGACCAGGCCUCUGUUCUACUGGCUGGGUCUGAGCGACGGCCGCACCGGAGACUGGGAAUGGCUGGACGAGACGCCGUAUGUGCAUGUCAGGAGUGAAUGGAUGCCAGGCCAGCCUGAUGACUGGAAGAAUCACGGUUUGGGCGGCGGUGAAGACUGCGCUCACUUCCACUACGACGGGCGGUAUAACGACGACCACUGCUCUCGCCGCUACCGCUACGUCUGCAAAGCUCACGCGUCCUCCAUCUGACGACACACACUUCAUCAAACCAACACAACACAGCAAUGUGCGUGUUAACUGUAGAAUGUUUCAUAUUUAACGAUAUU